AUGCCGGAUUCACCGGAUUCAUUAAAGAAUUUUAAUGACAAGACCCAAGAAACUAAUAUUAUUGGAACGUUUCCUGGUUUUCAACCAAUUUCAGAUAAUUGCAUGACUAGAGGAGGAAUGGCCGCUAGCAAUUCAUCUAAUUCAAUUUUUUGUGUUGUUGAUAUUCCCCCUAUGGAGAAUCAGCAGAUUAUUCAAGAUCUCAUUGAUUAUCUUAGACAAACUUAUUACCAAGCGAAUCAACCUUCAUUGGGAAGAGUAUAUGAUAUUAAGAAAUAUGAGGUUGUUGCACUUGGAUUUACUCUUGUUAAGCCAUCGAGUCUAGCAGAGACCAAUGUUAGCAAACCUACUUCUUUGAACAACCAGAUAGUCAUUACUCGA